AUGUCUCCUCUGUCUUUGAGAUACCUUGGUCCUACCAGUUUCGCCGCAGAGUUUGGAGCUGAUAGUGGCUCGCCUGAUGACCUUAGCAUCGACUCCUCAUCUGCUGCAAUCGAGAACUCAAAUAGACUGCAACCGUAUUGGUUUGAGAAAAUUGCUGAAAUAUUGAUGCUUCUGGAGGACUUUUCGUCCAUUGAAAGACUUGUCUCGGACUUCUAUGCUCUGAGUCUAGCUCCUGUGAUCCCUGCACCAUUUGUGCUUAAUACGUUCCCAUCGAUUCGCAGGCUGUGUAAAGAGUUAUACACCGGCGUCGAUUUUCGUCUCGAGAUAUUGGGGAUAAUAUUGUCGCAAGCGGGUCGAAGUACGCAAUUUGGAAUAGGCUUUGGGACAUUUGCCAUCCGCGGAGAAUCUUACACACGCAUGCAGCUUGCUCGAAGAAUGUAUUCUGCAAGUGAGGUCAUAUUACAGGUCUGCGAGACUCUGUGGGGUCAACUUGGUGAUCUUUCAACCAGGAUAUUUGCUCUCGGCGUCCAUAGAGAAACACAAGGGUCAUCCAGCAUACCACCGUUUCUGGCCCAGAUGCGUAAACGACUCUUUUCCGCAUCGUAUCGGAUCGAUAAAAACAUAGCAACUUUCCUGGGUCGUCCCCCGCGACUAUCUUCCAAACAUUCGGAUUGCGGGCUACCGCUGUGUAUUGACGACGAUAUGUUCAAUGCUUCAACUCAUGCUUUCAACCAGGCGAUAAAUGAUACUGAUGAACAAGGAUGGCGUGUGCAGCCGACCUUCUGUCCCACUGCAUGGAUCCGACUCCAAUGUUCAAUUGCUAUGUUUCGUGAAGAGAUCUUAGAUAUUUCUAUCAUGCCUCUCAAACCAGAGACCGUCCAACAAUUGCAUCUGUCGCUGAGCCGCAUCUGUGGCCAUAUGCGUAAUAUCUAUGUUGAUCUAACACCUAGUAUCCGGCUGUAUGGCUUCCCAGCUGCCGGCGUCCUGAUUGAGGCCCUUCAUAGGGAAGUCAGCUCCGGCAUUACAUUUGAAUUUCCCAUCCCACGACCCGAGAUUCUACGUAAUCUAUGCGUCUUUGUUGCCCAUAUCGAGUCGGCGGAGCAACCUAGGAACAGGAGCGACACUCUGUUCAAGCGUGCGUCGAAACACUUCGCGAGCGUCAUUGAUGAGGUGAUCGGGUCAAAAUUGGUUGCCAAUAACAAUAGUCUACCUUCAAAUACUCAUGAAUCUGCCGCUGCGUGGGACCAGGAUGAUUCUAUGGAUUUUAUGAGAGACUUCAUUCAAGUAGAAAGUAUGGAUUUUGGAAUAAUGUUUGAUCAGCUAGUUUGA